AUGACAUCUGUACCAACCGAACUAUAUCAUAAUCAUGAUCAUUAUCAACGAGGAACGAAUAGUAAAUUAUUAACAACAUCAAUGAAUACUAUAAAUACAAAUGAUGAUAUGAUGCCAAUAAAAGCACAACGUGAAUUGGGUAUUAUCGAAAAACUUUGUUCAACUUAUGGUUUUGUUUAUUGUUGUCAUCGUGAUGGACGUUAUUUUUUCCACUUUAGUGAAUAUAAAACUGAUAUUCAUCAAGCUAAAAUAGGAGAUGUCGUCGAAUUUGAAACAACAAUUGAUAAACGAAAAAAAAAACCAGUUGCUGUUAAUAUUAUACCUGCUAGUCCAGAAAUAAUUGGUGAAAAUCGUGUAGAAGGUACUAUUGCAGUAGUUGCACGACAACAACAAUUACAAAAUAAUGGAUUUCCUCAAUUUGAUUUUAUACCAGAUGGUAAAGUAACUUAUGUCAAAAAGGGUGAAACAUAUUUUUUACCCUACGGCCUUGCUGAUCUUCAAGAUGUAACAAUGCCAGUAAAAGUUGGUGAUCGAGUUUCAUUUAAUGUUGGUCAAGAUCGUCGUACAAAUCAAUUUUUUGCACGAAAUGUAGCACUUAUUGAAAAAUCUAUUCCAUCUACACCAUCAAAUACAAAACGUUAUCGUGGUGUUAUAUCAACCAUGAAAGAUAGUUUUGGUUUUAUUGAACGUGAAGAUGCACUUAAAGAAAUAUUUUUUCAUAUAACCGAAUUUGGACCUAAUGUUGCAACAAAUACAAUUCAACCAGGUGUCGAAGUAGAAUUUGAUAUUCAAGAUCGACAUAAUAAAGAAGUAGCUAGUAAUAUAAUUAUAUUACCAAAAGGUACAGUUGAAUUUGAUGAUAUUGAUAAAACACCUUAUAUUGGUCGUAUAUUACAACCAUUACAAAAUAAAUUAAAAAAAUCAGAUAAUAUAUUAAUUGGUCGUUUACUUUAUGAUACAAUCGACAAAAAAAUGUCAGAAUUAUCAUUUGGUGAACGUGAUCGUUGUGGUUUAUAUACAUUACUUGAAAAUGAUAUUGUACAAUUUGUUAUUGCUAAAGAUAAACGUGAUGGUAUGACGCGUGCUACACAAAUAUCUUUACUUGAUCAAAGUUUUCUUAAAUCAAAAGAACAACGACAAAUGGGUAUUGUUAUUAAAUUAGAUAGUACAAUAGGUGGUCAGAUUAAAUGUUUACCAUCAGAUCAAAUUGUAUCAUUUCGAUUUAGUGAAGUUAUGAAAGAUAAUUUUCAAAUAACUGAAGGUGAUCCAUUAGAAUUUACAUUAGCAUUGAAUUCAAAUAAUGGAGAUAUACAUGAAGCUAUUCGAAUUAAAUUAAUAUCAAAAGAUAAUUUAUUAAAUAUGAAUGGUCAUGAAUUACGAUUAAUGGGUAUUGUUGAACGUGAUGCUAAUGAUGGACGAUCAGAACGAAAUGGUCGUUCAAAUGAUAUAUCUGAAACUAAACAACAACAACAAACAAAUGGUACUGAUUCAUUAUCAACAUCUAGUAAUCGUCAGCAAGAUCAAGGUCUUAUUCGAUAUAUAUAUGAUGGAACUGAAUCUACAAUUCCAUAUGUGUCGACAAAUCUUAGUAAUACAUCAGCAUUAUAUUGUGGAGAUAAAGUUGAAUUCAGUAUAACAUCCAAUAGUAACUUAGCUUUUAAUAUAACAUUAAUUGAACGUAAUCGUAUACAUGGUUGGAUUGCAAUUCUUCGUGAAGGCAAAGGAUUUAUUGAACAAAGUAAUACUAUGGGUAAUAUUGAACCAGUUGCAUUUUCUAUGAAUGCAUUUACGGGUGAUAAUAUACAAGUUGAAUUAGGUGAUGAAGUUGAAUUUAGUUUAAGAAAAAUAUCUGGUCGUUUAAUAGCUGAAAAUAUUCUUAAAGUAUCAUUAACUAUUAAUAAUUUCUAUUCAAUUCUUCCAACAGUUCAUCGUGGUCGUGUUGUAUCUCCUGUCCGAAUGAUAUCCAAUGAUGAAUGUGAAAUAUUAGGUCGAAUACAAAAGAUAACUGAUGAUGGUAUGCCAGGUGAAUGUUAUACAUAUAGUAUAACAGGUGUUAAAAAUAAACGUGUUAUUUUAUUACCAAAUGAUUCAGUAACAUUUUCGAUUGCUAUUGGACUUGAUUAUUCAAGACGUGCUGCGAAUAUUAUUUUAGAAAAUGAAAUACGUAAAGGAAAAGUUGAUACAGUUAAAGGACAGUUUGGUUUUAUUGAUUUUGCAUGUGAAGAAAAUAAAAAAAUCUUUUUUCAUAAUUCAGAAAUUGAAGCUGGAUUUGAAUUACGAGCCGGUGAUGAAGUUGAAUUCUAUGCUCAAUAUAAUCUUAAAAGUGGUAAACCAUGUGCUAGUAAAUUACGUCGUGUUAAGUAA